GAGCGAAUUGAUAGGGCGCUUUCUGUUUUGAGUUCAUCGGAUUCUGUUCUACCCUGGUAGCCAGGAAACAGACAGAUAGAUAGAGAACUCUUCUGCUUUCAGAGGAUACCCUCCUGCAGAAGGGUCUCUCGUGGAGAUGCCAAAUACAAUACAAUACACUGCAAACAAAACUCAAUAGAUUGAAAAGUAAAUAAAAAAAAUAAAAAUAUAAUAUAUCACGGCGGAGUCGUUUCGUUGAUUAUCAGAAGUCUUCGUUGCAAGGGUUUGGUCACAUUCCUGGUGCCGCUGAAUUCCAGAUUCAUGCGCGAAACGUGUCGCGGCUUGACCGAUUCACGUUUCGUUGCUUCCACGCUUUGGUUUGGACAUUCUGAUUCUCUUGUGGCGACUCACCUUCCGAAGCAGGUUGCAUUGUCAUAUUCUUAGGGUUUUGAUGUUGAUGUUGAGUUGAAUAUCGGUUUGGGAUUUGUUACGAUGAGUUGCGCGCAAAGGCUUUUGGUUCACAUUGCUGAGAAUGGACAUUCGUAUGAGUUGGUGUGUGAGGAGAGCACGGUUGUUGAGGCGGUUAUGCGGAUCAUUGAAUCCGAAACUGGGAUUGGUUUCAGCGAUCAGGUUGUUCUCUGUUUGGGUAUAAAGCUGGAGCCGCAGCAGCUACUGUCGGCUUACAAGCUUCCCUCCAGUGGCCGGGAAGUGUUUGUGUUCAACAAAGCGCGGCUUCAGAGCAAUUCGGCGCCCCCACAGCGUGAGAGAGUUGAACUUCAUACUAAUUUGGAGCCUCCAUCACCAUCCUCACACCACGAGCCUCACCCUCUUGAUCAUGCAUUGGACCCUGCCUUGAAGGCUUUGCCUUCGUACGAGCGCCAAUUCCGGUUCCAUUACCAUCGUGGGAAUGCGGUUUAUGGUUGUACCAUGGCCAAGUAUGAGCAGUGUGAGAGGGUUUUGAGAGAGAUGAUGGUUCAGGAGAGGGCGCUGGAGGUUGCCAGGGGGAAUUUGGAUCAGUACUAUCGAUUGAUUAGCCAAAACUAUGUGGAAUUCAUGAAACGCUAUGUGCAGCAACACCGGGUGCAUUCGGAUCUUGUGGCCAAUUUUGGGAGGGAUGUCGAGAAGUUGAGGUCCAUCAAAAUUCAUCCUGCUUUACAAACCGUCAAGCGGAAGUGCUUGCUCGAUCUUCUGAAAGAAGAAAACGUGAGGAAGUUGGUGGAGAACUGCAUUAGCUCCCACAAGCAGUUUGAGAAUAAAGUUUCACAUUUUAAGCAGAGUUUCGGUGAAGUUAAGCAUAGGGUAGAGGACUUGUUGUCGAGUGGGCCUUUCUUGCCCGUGAAGAAUUUAGAGAGAACAAUUAGAGAGCAUCAGAGAUAUAUAACUGAACAGAAGACUAUAAUGCAAUCUUUGAGCAAAGAUGUUAACACUGUGAAGAAACUUGUGGAUGAUUGUCUCUCUUGUCAAUUGUCCUCUUCACUUCGUCCUCAUGAUGCAGUUUCAGCCUUGGGCCCUAUGUAUGAUGUUCAUGAUAAAAAUCACUUGCCUAAGAUGCAGGCCUGUGACCGAUCUAUUUCUAAGCUACUUGACUAUUCCAUGGAAAAAAAGAAUGAAAUGAACAUAUAUGUCCAUAAUUACAUGCAGAACGUAACUUAUGUUACUUAUCUUAUCAAAGAUCAGAAGCUACAAUUUCCCGUCUUUAAAGAGGCAAUGGCUCGCCAGGAUGACUUAUUUGUAGAUUUAAAGUUGUUCCGCAGUGUUGGCCCUGCAUACAGAGCUUGCCUUGCGGAAGUAGUGAGACGAAAGGCGUACAUGAAGCUGUACAUGGGUGUGGCUGGGCAACUGGCUGAAAGACUUGCUACAAAGUGUGAGGCUGAGAUCAGGAGACGGGAGGAUUUUCUAAAAGCUCAUAGUCCUUUUAUACCUAAAGAAUUAUUAGCUUCUAUGGGCUUGUUUGACUCUCCUAACCAAUGUGAUGUCAAUAUAGCUCCAUUUGAUGUUGGUUUGAUUAAUAUUGACAUAUCAGAUGUGGAUCGUUAUGCUCCAGAGUAUCUAGCAGGGGUAAAGUCCAAACUAGAAAAGCAUGGGAGCUUUAAAGGUUCAUCUGCUGUGUGUAGUGACAGCUGUCUCUCAGCUGAGGAUGUAGAUACUAGUACUGACUCAAUUGAGAGAUAUGACUUUGAGGAGCACCUUGAUGGAAGUGAGUUGUUUGAAAUUGCUGGAACUAGCAAAAUUGAAGUUGAAAAUACAAAACUAAAAGCAGAGCUUGCUGCUAAAAUAGCCUUGAUUUGUUCUCUAUGCCCUGUGGUUGAGUACGAGUCCCUGAAUGAUGAAAGGAUCCAUAGUAUACUGAAGAAUGCCACAGAGAAGACAGCUGAAGCUUUGCAUUUGAAAGAUGAAUAUAUCAAACAUUUUCAAUCAGUGCUUAAGAUGAAGCAGCUGGAGUCUAUCUCGUAUGAGAAACGUAUUCAAGAAUUGGAGCAGAAGUUAUCUAAUCUGUAUGUGCAGGGACAGAAGAUAUCCAGUGUAAGUGAUACAGCUGACUUCCCCUUUCUGUCUGGGAAGACAGAUAAUUACAAGCAAGAAUUUGUGAGCGAUGACAUGCCUUCUGUAUCUACUACUGAGCCCAUGGGUGAAGUUUCAUGCAUCUCAAGUUCCUUGGAUGGAAAACCUGGUCUAUUCAUUAAACAUUUAGGUAAAGCUUUGGAUGGGGUGGAUGAGAACAUGUUGGAUUCCUCAGGAAUACAAAACCCACAGAUGGAUUCAUCCAAGGUGGAGCCUCAUCGCGAAGAAAUGCAAAGUGGUGAUAAAUUCAGAAAAGACAAGAUAGUCAGACAACUGGGCAUGUUGCUAACAAACAGUUCCACUGCUGAUAGCAUGCCUCUGAAUGAUCUAGUACCUUGUGACUCAGCAGUUCAUCCAGACAUGGAAUCCAAAGCAAACAAUAAGUUGUUGGAACUUCAUAGUACACUUGAAGACAAAUCAAAUCAAUUGAAUGAAACUGAGGCCAAACUUGAAGCUGUUCUGGAGGAGGUUUCUGUGCUCAGACGGGAGUUGGAUGCAAGUCUAAAACUACUUGAUGAAUCUCAGAUGAAUUGUGCUCACCUAGAGAAUUGUUUGCAUGAGGCAAGAGAGGAAGCUCAAACACAAAAGAGUUCAGCUGAAAGGAGGGUCUUGGAGUAUGGUUUACUACGUGCAUCUGUUAUUAGGAUGCACAGCCUUUUUGAAAGACUCAAGACUUGUGCUUAUUCUACGACUGGUGUGGCUGGUUUUGCAGAUUCUCUGCGUGCUUUAGCACAAUCUUUAGCCAAUUCUACUAAUGACAAAGAUCAAGAUGAUAUUGCUGAGUUCCGUAAAUGUGUUCGUGUAUUAGCUGAUAAAGUUAGUUUCUUAUCAAGGCAUCGUGAAGAGCUGCUUGAAAAAUACCCUAGAGUUGAAGCUUCUAACAUACAGCUGCGGAAGGAAUUAGAGGAGAAAACUGAUAAGUUCAAAACUUAUUACAAUAAGCAUCAACUCGAGAAGCAGGCUAAUAGGGAGAAGAUUUCCUUUGGUCGACUUGAAGUUCACGAGAUUGCUGCCUUUGUGCUCAAUUCAGCCGGGCAUUAUGAGGGGAUUACUAGGAACUCCUCUAACUACUACUUAUCUACUGAAUCUGUGGCCCUGUUUGUGGACCAUCUUCCAAGCAGACCUAACUACAUUAUUGGACAAAUUGUGCAUAUUGAACACCAAACUCCAACUUCAACUCAGCUCGAGCAUAGUAGAGAAAAUCAACUAACCUCUGACAUAGGGGCCAACCGGUUGACUUUGAAUUCAAGCUCAACUUCAAACCCAUAUGGUCUACCUCUUGAUUGUGAAUAUUUUGUAGUGACAGUAGCAAUGUUGCCUGAUACCACAAUUCAUUCACCAUCUUCCUGAUCCUGCAUCAUACUGGCAGAUAAGACGUGACGGAAGAAUUCAAUUUGUACAUAAACCUCUAAAUGCUCUUUAUGGGAGUUGAACUAGUUAACCAUUUGUACAGCCGACGAUUCAAUUUCGUUAGAUUACCCCCUGUACAUAUUUUUAUACCUUUGACAUGUAUAGGUUGGGUUGUGAAUAUUAUCAAGCACUUAGUGCAUUAGUUGGCAAUUUUGAGUAUAAUUUCUCGCAUUUUGUUUGGUAAACAAUAUUUUGCAAAUCUCAUGGUUCACCUUUGUCGUAUUAGUUGCACCCACAAAGCCAGAUGAUCUGUCUUUUGAGUUUUGAGGCAACAGGGUUCCCCCCACUAAAUGUCGUCAAACGGAAAG